AUGGGGGGAACAAAGUGUAUCGACUUUACUCAAGGAACUAACAUUCAGUCUCCCAGCAUGUUGAUCGACGACAGUGCUGAGAACAUUAUCAUUGACGUUUUGUACAUCGGUGCAGGGUUUUGUAUAUCUUUGUUUGGAAUUAUCGCCAACACUAUCAACAUCAUCGUUUACCUGAACCGUGGAGUCAAAGACAGCCCUACGGUUCAGUUCUUAUCUUUAUCUGUAUCGGACUGCGUAUUUUCCGUACUAGUUCUCAUGUCUUCCGUGGGGUAUUUCUUCAUUAAAAUCAAAUCUAAGUCCACGAUACUGGAUCCAACUAUAUUUUCUCACUUUGUGUCUGCUUCAAGGGAAAAGGCAUAUUCCAUAUCAGUUCUCAUUAUUUUUGUGAUGUCCCUCGAGAGAUCCUUCUGUGUGGCUUACCCUUUCACUAUAAAAUUAAUUUUUACUAAGUCUCGUUCCAUUGUCACCAUUACCUUCCUUACUGUUAUCUUAACAGCAGCGUUGAUCCCCGAGUAUUUAAACAAUAGAUUAGAGUGGGUCUACGACACAAAUCUAAACUCAUCCCAUUUGGUAUACUGGUCUUCUAGGGAAGCAACCACUUUAGAUGUGUUGAGGAAUACUAUUUUUGCUGCUGUGUUGCCCAUUGUGUCCGGUGUCUCUGCUACAGUGUGUACCAUAUAUAUGAUAUCAGCAGUAAAAGCAUCCAACAAAUUUCGUCAGUUUGCAGUUACUGGUAAACGCCUGGACACUUCUCUGAAAGACACGAGCCUUUCAGAAAUAGUACAAGCGCAAAAAACAAAAACCAAGAAACUAACAAAGGAGACAAGGAUAACAAGAACGGUGAUUGCAGUUAAUAUUAUUUUUAUAUUGUGUAAUUUACCCAAGUCUACUAUGGUUGCGUCUUCCGUGGCAAAUCUGUACAUCCCAGAAUUUAGUCUCUUCGUUAAAGGCAAAUACCAAAAUCUUGUUUCAGUACUGAUCACGAUAACAUUUAUGUUCGAGGCUAUUAAUGGCGCUAGUACCUUUAUUGUUUAUUAUACUAUGAACACAACGUUUAAAACGACAGUUAAGCAGAUAUUGUGCAAAUGUUUUGAUGUUAAUUAG